AUGGAUCGUAAUGAAACGACAAGCAGCGAGCAGGUUUUUCUAGAGGAAACAAGGUUACUUAGCGAGUCAGAAAGAACAGAGCUUCGCAGAAAAGCACUGGAAAAAAUGGGAAGGAGCUUUUCGUUUGAAUUGGAAGAGCCAGACAGUAAUGAAAAUGUCUUCGUCAGAAUUUCAGAGGCCUGUAAAACCGAGGCAGCCCGACAAAGUAGCAUGUUAUUACAAGUCGCUGAAGGAUUAUGCAAUGAAAAUUCGCCAACCUUGCAGCGAAAAGGAAAGGUUUACAAAAAACUCGCUCCUGAAGUAGAGAAACACGUUUUUAACGAAAUGCAACAGGACUUGUGUAAAACCAUGUGGCGCGAAGCGAGACAGCGAGUUUUUGGAACACCAAGCCAUAGCGAUGCGGUCACGAAAACUUCAACCGUUGUGCAGAAUGGAGGAUUGUAA